AUGAGCGACCGAGAAUUCAGCGACAGCCUCCAAACCGUCCUCGCCCACAUCUCGAACCGCGACGCCUCCCUCCACUCCCUCCCCACUCUCCCCACCCCCGCCGACAUCACAGCCACCCUCCGCUCUCUCCCGGCAUCCCUCCCCGACAACGGUCUCGGCACUUCCUCCACCAUCACCCACCUCCUCGAGAACAUCCUCCCCGGUAUCCUCCAAGCUCAGAAUGGACCGAGGUACUUUGGUUUCGUCAUCGGUGGCGUCACCCCCGCUGCGCAACUGGCCGAUAUACUCGCGACGAGUUACGAUGAAAAUGUCCAAGUCAAUCUCAGUGAAGAGACGGCGAGCGUAGCUAUUGAGCAGAGAGUGCUAGAGCUCGUACUGGAUCUUCUUCAGAUUGAGAGAGACUCGUUUAUGGGGAGAACUAUUACCACUGGUGCAACAGCCUCAAAUAUGCUCGGGCUCGCCUGCGCAAGGAACCACCUCUACUCUACUUCCUCCACCCUUCCUCCAAACUACUCUUUCUCCCAAGACGGUCCCCCUCCCAUACCCUUCCCAAUCAAGAUCCUCGCCCUCCACCCCCACUUUUCAAUCUCCAAAGCCGCCUCCUUUAUCGGUCUCGGCGGUGGACCUUCUGUCAUCCAGUCGGUGCCAGCUCAAGGAGGGGAUGAGGUUGCGUUUGACUUGGAAAAGCUAGAAGAGAGGCUGAAGGUUGAGAGUGUACCCGGAGAGAAGGGGGUGAUUGUGGUUUACGGCGUUGGAGAAGUCAAUACCGGCGCUUUCGGAGGUGAUCUGGGUGGUGUAGCAAGGCUCUGCAGGAAGUAUGGUGCUUGGCUCCAUGUUGAUGCUGCAUUCGGCGGAUUCGCGGGCCUUAUGCCAGAACUUCACAAAUUCACCCAAGCCAUGGAUCAAGCCGACUCUCUUACACUCGACGCACAUAAAUGGCUCCAAGCCCCAUACGACGCUGGUCUCUUUUACACACGCCACACUUCCUCUCUCACAUCCGUCUUCCAACCACCCUCCUCAUCUGCUCCAGCCUACCUCUCCGGUCAAGCGUCUACUUCAAACCAGGAAGGAGACGCUUUGAUGGCGGGAACAGUCACAGGUGGGGAUAUCCCAAGUCCGCUAUUUGUGGGUAUCGAAAACUCGCGAAGGUUUAGGGCUUUGCCUUUGUUGGCUAGUUUGAUGAGCUUGGGGAGGGAUGGGUAUGAAGAGAUUAUCACCCGAAACAUCCUCUUUGCCCGUAAAGUCGCCGAAUACAUCAACGCCUCCCCCCAUUAUACCUUACUCAACACCACCCAUUCAUCCUCCUCCCAGACAAUCAUCCCAUCCAACAUAGUACUCUUCACCCACAAUUCCCUCCCCGCGCCGACUUUGAGAGCCAAGAUCAACGGGACGCGUAAGAUGUAUGUUAGCAAGACGGUUUGGAGGGGGCAAGGGGCGGUGAGGUUGGCUGUUAGUAAUUGGAGGACUGGGAUCGAGGGUGAGGGAGAUGUGGACUGGGAGAUUGUGAGAGGGGUUUUGGAGAGUGUCGGGGCUGGGGAGGGGGUUUGA